CCCUCCUCGAAGCUUCUCAUUCGCUCUUCUACGCUUACAGAUCAAAGCUUUCCCAGCAAUUUUAUUAUUUCUCUUGGAGAUGGCGAGAACUAAGCAAACAGCGAGGAAAUCUACUGGAGGCAAGGCUCCGAGGAAGCAACUUGCGACUAAAGCCGCUAGGAAAUCUGCUCCGGCCACCGGAGGAGUGAAGAAGCCCCACAGGUUCAGGCCAGGAACUGUGGCUCUUAGGGAGAUCAGGAAGUACCAGAAGAGUACCGAGCUUUUGAUCCGAAAGCUUCCUUUCCAGAGGCUCGUCCGUGAGAUCGCUCAGGACUUCAAGACCGAUCUGAGAUUCCAAAGCAGCGCCGUCUCAGCCUUACAGGAGGCAGCGGAGGCUUAUUUGGUUGGUUUGUUUGAGGACACGAAUCUUUGUGCAAUUCAUGCUAAGAGAGUCACCAUUAUGCCCAAGGACAUUCAGUUGGCCCGGAGGAUCAGGGGCGAAAGGGCUUGAUCUGAUAUUCGCUGUUUAAAACGAAAAGUUCAGUUUCCUAGUAUAUUUUCUUUUCUUUUUAAUCUGAUCUUGUAUCAUUUCCUGGUAUUGGUGUAUGAUGAAGAGAUCUUCUGUGCUUAAUCUACGAAUUUGAUCAUUAUUAUUCAA